AUGAAGGGAACCAAGGGUAACCUGGGUAACACAGCGGGCCAGUGGAACAAGGUCUUUGUCCAGCCCCCCCCAGAGGAAGAAGUCCAGAUCGGCGCCGACCAGGACCCCCGGGAGACCUACCUGGAUGUCCUCUUCUCUCCUCUACGCUUCACAGCCUCAGCCAUAACCAAAGCUCUGCAGAUCUACAGGAGAGGAUCAGAGAGGAGCGUGGACCUCUCCUGGGAAGCACUGAAGAGGGAGGUCACGCUGGCAGUGGAGAAUGAGCUUCAGAGCAGCGUGACCGAGUUUGAGUUCUGCCAGGAGGAGUACCGACAGCUGCAGGUGGAGUUCUGGUCCAAGUUUUACGCCUGCUGCCUCCAGUACCAGGAGGCCCUGGCCCUACCCCUGGGCCUCACGGUCAGCCCUCACACCUCCAUGGUCUGCCUGCUGAAGAAGGGUUUCGUGUCCUACCUUCUGCCCUGUUUUGCCGUGGAUCACCUCUACCUGAGCUGUGACGAGUACGUGUUCUCGGAAGAGGAGACGGCCAUAACGGACGAUCCAGAGGUGGGGCGGGACGUGCUCCAGCUGGUCCAAUGUCUGCGCCUGGUGAGCGACUCUGUGUCGGGCGACAUGGCGUACGAGAUGGAGAAGGCUCUGGAUCAACUGCAGUCACCAGAGCGGGCGGCGGAGCUCGUCCUGGAGAACAUGCUGGCCAACGACAGCGACAACGUCAUCGAGGACAUCCAGGACAAGCUCCAGGACGUCAGAAACCCCGUGGCGGCCAUGAUGGUCCUCCUCCGAGAGAUGGACCUGGAGUCGGACGCAGAGCUCGGGACAGAGGCGACCCUGGCACCAGGCCAGAGUCUCCCGGUGCGCCUGGGCCUGUCCCAGCUGUACAGCGGCAGCGUGGCCGUCAUGGUGGCGUGCCAGGCCGUGUGUCAGAUGGCCAUGACCAGGGCUCUGUUCUGCAGAGACCUGCUCAUCCUGCAGAAGCUCUACCUGCGCCUGGGCGACAACGUGUUCCUGAGGGGCGGGUCUCAGUUACUCCAGCUGCAGCAGGACCUGAUCCCCCGCAGCUCCCACCUGCUGUCCUCCUACCACCUGCUCAAGCACACCAGCCAGAGCCUGGCCUCCUCCGUCCCCCUGGACAUCAUCGACGCAAACCUGCAGCAUCUCUCUGUUCUGGAACUGUCCGACACCCCCACUCUGAGCAGCAACAGAUCAGUGAUGAGUCCCCAGACGGUGGUGGGGCUCUUCUACCAGACGGUGGCCAGGAAGACCAUCAUCUCCCAGAUCUACGGCCAGCAACAGAGCGCCGCCCCCAGCCCUGCCUUGCUUCACUGGCCCCAUAUGGUCUCCAACGUGGUCCACUUGCUGGCCCAGCUCCUUUGGCCCAGUAACCCUAGCUUCCUGUUCCCAGAAUGUCUGAUGGCUAACUGCCAGUAUACCCAGCUACAGGAGUACGUGAGGUUGAUUGGACCAUGGUGCCAGACGAAUGUGGGUUCCUGUCGCUUCAUGCUGGGACAGUGUUACCUGGCCAAUGGAGAGGGGCAGAAGGCUCUCGCGUGCUUCCAAGAGGCGGCCAGUGAGGUGGAGAAGGAGGAGUUCCUGGUGCGACUGACGGGCACCGACGAGGAAGAGGCCGCCACCAGCCCCAGACUACAGUACUACAACAAGGUACUUCGGUUGUUGGAGGAUGUUGGCCUUCCAGAGCUAGUCAUCCACAUGGCCACCCUGGCCAUAACGGAGGCUGGCACUGACGUCAGGAGUGAGGCGGCACUGCGGACACGCAUCUUCAAACACCACCUGGAUCUGAGCCACAACAGCCAGGCCUACGAAGCGCUCACACAGAACCCUGACUCCAGCAGGAGGCUGGACUGUCUCCGUCAGCUGGUGGUGGUUCUCUGUGAGCGUUCCCAGCUCCAGGACCUGGUCCAGUUCUCCUACGUCGGCCUGCAUGAUGAAGUGGUGAGCAUCAUCGAGUCUCGGGCGCGGGCCGUGGACCUCCUGGCCCACAACUACUACGAGCUGCUGUACGCCUUCCACAUCCACCGUCACAACUACCGGAAAGCGGGGACGGUGAUGUUCGAGUACGGCAUGCGCCUGGGUCGGGAGGUGCGCACCCAGCGGGGGCUGCAGAAGCAGGUCAACUGCUACCUGGCCGCCCUCAACUGCCUGCGCCUCAUCAGGCCCAAGUACGCCUGGAUCGUCCAGCCCAGCGGCGCGGCAGAGUGCGAGCGGCCCGGAGCUUCCCCCAAGAGGACGUACGACGGCGAGUUUGCCGCGGAGCCAGUGAAGCGACAGGUGGACAUCCUGGAGUUGAAGGACCUGGAGAAGGAGUACAACCUGGCCCGCAGCCGACUCACACUGGCAAAGCACCACCCGACGUCCGCCGGCAUCGCAGGAAGCGCGUCUGCAGGGGAGAUGGUGGCUCUGCUGGUCCAAGCAGGCCUGUUUGACUCCGCCCUGUCGCUCUGCCAGACCUUCAAGCUCUCCCUCACACCCAUCUUUGAGGGCUUGGCCUUCAAAUGCAUCAAGCUGCAGUACGGUGGUGAGGACAGCCAGAACGAAGCCUGGGGCUGGCUGGCGGCCAACCAGCUCUCGACCAUCAUCAACACCAAGGAAUCCAGCGCCACAGACGAGGCCUGGCGGCUCCUGGCGUCCUACCUGGAGAGGCACGCCUCCCCCAGCGCCCAGCACCACCGCGACGUCAUCAACAAGCUGCUGGUCCACGGCCUGCCUCUGCCUGAUUGGCUGAUCAACGCUUACAAGGGAGUGGACGCAGCCUCUUUGCUCCGACUGUACCUGAGGUACGACCUGCUGGCGGAGGCGGCGGAGCUGGUGCUGGAGUACGUGGACGCUCUCCUCGGGAAAGGUCACCAGUACUUUGGCAUCGAGAUGCCUCUAUCAGCCACGGCUCCGUUGGUGUGGCUGCCUUACACGGCGAUCGACCAGCUCCUGCAGGCUCUCGGGGAGAGCCAGAUCAACGCCAGCAUGUGCAACAAACUGCAGGAGAAGCUGGAUCACUAUCACAAAGUACUGGACCAAAGCACGAGAAGAAGGAUAGCCCAGUAGUGUCUCUGGAGUCUCCCUGUGGAGCUUCCCCUCGUGUUGACCACGCUAGUACGGUGCUCAAGACAUCCUCGGCACCAAAACAAAAUGGACACAUGUUUUCCCUGCUCAAAAAAAAAAGACUGUAUGGAUUUCAUAACUUGUGGUUAAAAACUGAAUGAGCUCAGGUGUUGUAUCAACAGAGGAGCCGGAGACAUCCCAGUGUCUAGGUCUUAUUGUAAAUACUGUCUGAUGCACCUCGAAGGUUGCCUUUAUGUUGUAUGAUUGCUUAGGUUUUUUAUAUAUACAUAUAAAGAAGUUUGUUGUUAUAAUUGUUUUUGUAAGCUGCCUUGAUCUUUUUCUAUCAGGGUUAUAAAUUGUCAAAAAAUGCGAAUAAAGUGUGCUUGAAAGUCUUGUUAGAACAACCCCUUCAUAUUCUUGCAACGCUUAGAAUAACUUUUGGUGAUAUUUAUUUAGUUGACGUCUUCUUGUCACAAGGUUAUGGAAAUAAGGCCUUGGCUGAGCUGAGAGGGUAAUACAAUAAACACACAAGUGAGACAACCCAUAAUAA